AGUGUACACAGACCGGAAGCGACCAUUUUAGGGCUCGCAGCCUCCGAGGAGCCCUGGCCUCGGCGAGGAGGUUGGGGGGGACACCGAGCACCGACGCGGGGCGGAGAGAAGGACCACCGAGGCGGUGGAGGGUGAACAAAAGGCCGGGCGGGUAGGCGAAGGCGACCGGCAUCAGUUUGGAUGGAGACAAUGGCGACGCUCAGCGGCCCGGACAGGCUUUGCUAGCGGGCUCAAAGUGGAUGGAGAGGCGGGCCUGGCAGGCUGUUUGUCCAGGGAUGAAGAAAGAGGCCCCGCUGACGACCAGCAGUGAUUCCCCGCUCGUCGUGCACGUCGCUUCGGCCUCAUGUUUCUUGACUUUACUCUGAAGCAACUCUCUUCGAACACUGAGCUCGUUGGCUGCUUGGAUGCUAGCAGAGCCUGCUGAUGGAGGCGACAACAACCUGCUAAGUCCUCCUCUCUGCUCCUCGCCGAAUAAACAUCCAGCUGGGACCCCCGCUGAGCUUCACAUUGCAGACUUCCAGAAGAACUGAGCUGAAAGGGGGCAGGGAGGCGGGGCUUCAUCCUUGGACCACUCACUUCAUUGGACAGUCAGGACAGCCAAGGAGAGACUACAGGACCUUUUACUUCCUGUCUGGUUAGGACCUGGCACGUGGUGUCAGUUGACUUUCUCAUUGACAUUUUUCUGUGGCGUGACCUCUGGACACUCCGCCAUCGCAUCUUUGUGGGAGAUGUUCCAGUUCAGCAAGUACCCCAUGGAGAUUUUGGAGAUGCUGAGCGGACACCAGGCCCACCAGUUCAAAGGUCUGGGCCUCGAGCGUCCGCUGAGCCACCAGCAGCAGGUCCAGCUGCAACAUCAGCAGCAGCUCCAGCAGCAGCACCAGACCUCCGCAGACACCUCUGGGAGUCUCCUGACUGGACUGGGCCUGGGAUCCCUGCAGACUUCUCGGAGUAACGCCUUUGCGGACUCCUCCUCGUUGUUCUCUAAGAUGAGCGCCCCGCCCCCCUCCAUCUCACACCAGAGUCAGUCGUCGUCGUCGUUGUCGUCGUCAUCCCACAGCUCCAGGAAGUCCAGCAAGAUGAGCAGCAGCAGCAGCAGCAGCGGAAGCUCCUCAUCGGCGUAUCCACAGUUUCUGCGACCUUUUCACCCGGCUGAGGCAGCACUGGCUCAAGAGCAGCUCCACUCGGGAAUAGGACGCUUUGACUUUGGGGGGAGUGCAACUAGCGGGAGCGCGGCGGUCAUUGGGGGAGUGGUCACCCCUGCACCCCCACCUCCUCCACUGCAUCCAGGUCUUUCGGUGGCCCAGCCCUCCCCCGUUCCUUCGUCCUCCUCCUCCUCCACCUCCACCUCUGUGUCGGCUUCCAACAACCCCUCUGGCGGCACAGCGGUGCCCCUCGUGGGCCAGUCGGACCCCCGCAGCCUCCACCAGCAGUUCAGCUGCAUGCUGGCCGCCAACCAGUACUUCCUGUCAGGAGUGCCCACCAACAGCAGCCUUGAGCAGUUCCUGGUCCAGCAGGGCACUCACAACCACUUGGGCCUGGGUCUCAGUCAGGGAACCACAGAGUCUGCCUCGUCCUUGGCCCCUCCCCCUGCUCUGCACUCCUCCCACAGCCACGCAGCACCGCAACCUCAGCAGCAGCAACAGCAGCUGACUCCCCACGCCUUAUCUCACCCGCACACCCACACCCACCACCCUCACCCGCUCCACCCUGCCCCUCAGCCCGCCCCCUUGGGGGGGUUUGACUUUCAAAGCAUUCCUGUGCUGUCCUCCAAUCAGAUAGCUUCGCUCAUGCAGCAGGAGGCGGGCAUCCCCCUUCCUCUACCCCUCCACUUGUCCCUCCCCAAAGAUGACAGCUCAAAGUCGGGGGACAGCUCGUCCACAUCAGUCUCCAGCGGGGGGAGCAGGAGGAAGAAAGCCAUGGCGGGCUACCUCCCUCAAAGGAAAGCCGACAGUCACGCUCACAGCAGCUCCAGUGGUCACCGUCCCAGCUCCUCUUCUGGCCUGCUGGGCGGAGCAUCCGGAGGCGUUGGCAUGAGCGGCAUCGGAGGCGGGCAGCAGCAUUCCUCUCUCAUCUCGUCACCGUCGCAGCAACACCAGUCGUCCUCCACAGUGUCUUCCUCGUCGUCAUCCGCCCCCUCCUCGUCAAACUCUGCCUCUGUGCUUGUGGACGGUGGAGACCAGCGGUUGUCCAAAUCGCAAGAGAGACGCCGUAGCAGCUCAUCUGGCCAGCCUGAAGCAGAAGCCCUGUACCACUGUGGAGAGUGUGGGAAAACCUUCACCCACCUGUCCAGCCUGCGGCGCCACCUGCGCAGCCACGGCUUGACCCCCGAAAGCCACAGCAGGAAGUCGGAUUGCACCUCACCGAGCCCGGAGAGGAUCUUCUGCUGCGGCGACUGUGGGAAGAGGUUUAAAAAGCGGGGCCACCUCAUCCAGCACAGCGUCACACACUCGGAAAACCGACCGUUCGUCUGCAACAUCUGUCAGAAGUCCUUCAACCGCCGGGAGUCGCUCACACGUCACGAGAAGAUCCACGACGAGAAGCCAUUCCGGUGCCCGGCGUGCGGCCGCUGCUUCCGCGAGAGCACCUCCCUCCUCAACCACGCCGCGUCAGGCGCCUGUGGCAAACCACCGCGAAGUUCCAAGAACCGGGCCGGCGGAAGCAGCUCAUCCAACCCCAGCAGCAGUGGCAGUAAGACGCGGCGAGAUGGAGGUCAAGUUGUGAUGUCAAAUGAGGUUGCCGUCAUUCCUAACACGGACUACUCCAGAAGCCGCUACCCCAACCAGGCGUCCUACGACGGGGCGGUGGACGACUACAGACGCUCGCAGUCAUCAUCGCUGUACUCACCAGAUGACAUGAGCAGCCACACUCUCCGGAAGGCCCCUCUAGCGCCAACUCUUCACCCCCAUCCUCAAAGUCAGCAGCAUCACCUUCCUCUCUCCUCCUUGUUGGACGAUUCUGAGGACGAGGUCACAAGCAGUGCCAUGUCGGCCAUUGCUGCGGCGGCGGCGGCCUCGUGCAACAUCAACACAGAAGGGAGGGACGGAGAACGAAGAGAUAUAAUUGGAGGGCUGCUGGGGGGGUUGGGGUUUGGUAACCUGGGCGGUCCGUCGUCCUCCCCCAGCCUCAACGGUUCCACCAUGCCGCUAACACACCACAGCCAAAUCCCCACCAAGCCCAGGAGACCACGAAAGCCCCGAGAGAAGAGGGACCCCAACAACACUGUCAGGAGAAGGCGGAGUCCCGCGCCCCCCGGCGAUGGCUCGGAGCGGCCAUACGGGUGUCAGCUGUGUGGCAAACGCUUCCGGCGGGCCGAGACGCUGCGGCGCCACAACCGGGUCCACACCGGUGAGAAGCCUCAUGCCUGUGAUGUUUGUGGGAAAAUGUUCCGUGAGCCUUUCCACCUGACCAAACAUCUGACAGUGCACUCUGGUCAGAAGAACUACAAGUGCAACCUGUGUGGGAAGAUGUUUGCCUACGCUCAGAGCCUCGUCAGACAUGGCAAGUUGCACCGCAAAGGAGAGAUCGACAACCAGGGACGGCGAAUCAAAGGAGCCACUGCUGCUGCCGCCGCCGCCACCAUCAGUCAGGUGGCCAGCUCUGACUUCUUCUCAUCUUGUUCCCAAGAGGAAAAGUCUCCGACGUCCGGCACCCCCUCCCAGAGGCUGUACACCUGCACGGUGUGCUGGAAGUCCUUCCGCCAUUAUUUCCACCUCACGGCACAUCAACAGACGGUGCACGGUGGCGGCGUGGGCCUGGAGAAAUCUUUUCGAUGUGAAGUUUGCGGUAAAGCCUUCGCCUACUCCAACAGCUUAGUGCGCCACAAGCUGUCCCAGCACGGCAUCGACCGCAGCGGCCAGAGGGUCAGCCACUCCCCAGCGCCGGGAUACUCGCCCCUCUUCUACGACUCCAGCACUGUCUCUGCCUACAGCGCCUCAUCUCACAUGCAGCAAGUGGCGAGCCAACCGCCCCCCCUGCAGCAGCAAGAACCGCAGCACUCUUUUCACUACCGGCCCAAAAACUUCCACAAGGAGCCCGAACAGAUGAGAAAGCGACGGAAGAAAAGAAGGCGGGUGGUCAUCCACAGCAUCAUGAGGGAUGGGAAGCUAGUGGGCGUGCCGCUCAGCAAGGAAACACGUAGGAAGUUGUUGAUGCUGAGGAAGAGAAGGGGGCGGCUGCAGGCUCACAUCAAUAAAAAGAAACUCCUGGCGCAGCUGAGGGUCUGCGGUGGGGCGGCGGCAAUCAAGUCCUGGUCGGGAGGGGCUGUGAGAGUUGCAGGGCUCAUGUCCAUGGAGGUCCCCAUCAAGCGCUUCCCAUGUUGCGUCUGCCCCAGCGCCGCCUACGCCAGGAUGGGCUCCGCACUGCUGCACCGCGCCGUGCGACACCCGCCCAGGACGUGGGGCCACCGUGCCCGCCUGCAGUGUGCGGUGUGCGGGCGGCGCAGCGGCUCUUUACUCAAAGCCCUCAAACACCGCAGCCACCACCUCAAGCAGAUCUCCUCUCAGUGCCACAGAUGCAAACGGCGCUUCUGGAACGAGCGACUCCUGGACCGACACAAGUACUCGUGCCGGGGCUCCAUGUCGGGAAGGGGUGUGGGGAACUGGGCACUUGCGAAAAUCAAGUCCCCAUUGUCUGACAGCGAGCAUUCGCCGGUCCAGCUAACAAUGCCGGCUCUGGUCCCACAUGAGCGGUCAUCAGUCCUGACGGAGUACGCUCAUUAAUUAAACACAUUUCUUUGUUAGAUUAGAUUAUUCUAAUUCUCUCUCUUUUUUUUAUAUAAUCAAGAGGCGAGUGACAGUUGUCAGCCUUUUAACAAAAGGGAGAAGAGGGAGGACCCUCCUCGCGCAUCCCAGAUCCACGGUGACCCGAUAGUACUGCAGGGUGGACUUAAAGACACAUGGUCACAUGACAUGUUUUAGUAGCAGCUGUUUUAUUGAUGUUAGUGCACAUUGAAACAACAACACUACCCUGUCUUGUCUUGUACCUUUUCUAUUAGCCUCGUUUGUCUGGUCACUCCACAGUGAAAGAUGCCUUAUUUGGUCAACGCGACACUUGACCUUUUUAAGACAAAACUCGUCAUGUAGGAAGAAUCUGGAGUGUAAUGUACAAUUCCUAUUAUAUUUUAUUAUAUAUUAUGGACAACUUGCUGUUUUUUUACUCCCAAGUAUCAGUGUUGCUAUUGUGAAGGGGUGGGUGGGAUGAUGUGCGCGUCCACGUGUUCUUUUCCUUCUAUGACACUUUUUUGUAACUAAAUUGUGUACACAUGCUUUAUGACUUAGCUCCUAUACACGUCUUCAUUUGGUUUUAUGUACAACUAAACAUGUAAUAUGAUUACUAAAUGACUAUUCUUUUCUUUGCAUAAAAGUGACUUGUUGAAAACCCUCAAAUUAAAAAAAAAAAAAGCCAAAUGUGAAAUCUGUUUUAAAUCUUUUCUGGAUUCCGUGACUUGCGGAGUGUCAAUUGCAGUUAUUGUCCGCAAGAUGGCGCCAUGAGAGUAACAUUUCUUGUGGGAAGAUUUGAAUUUCAGUGACUUUCCCUGCUGUGUCUGUUUGAGGAGGCGACCGAGAUGAUUUUGUAAUUUUCUGACUGUCACAUUGCUGUCAAGCUUUUGUGUGCUUCUAGGGAAUGUCCUAAAGGCCAGCAGCUGUACGUGCUAUCGACCGCAAUCAUGACGUCUCAUGAAGAUGCCGAGCUUUUCUUCUCGCAAGUAAACGCCACAAUGUAGUUUCUCUGCAAUAACACGCUAGCAUGUGUAACACGGCAAAGUUUGACAUAUAUUAGUAUUUCAUCUUAAUACCAAACGCUGUACGAAGUUAUACGUGUCAGUGUAAUACUUACCUAACGUUAUAAAUGUGAUUGUUUUUAUAUUUUUACUGUUAUGCUAGCUGCUUAGAGCUAGCCUGUCACGUUGCCUUAGCAUGGGGAUGUCUCUGGGCGGAGACUGUGACCUACUUUUGACCAAUGAGAAGGCCGGGAGCGGCUGCGAGUGACCUACAUUGAGCCAAUCAGCGCGAGGCUCCGUCGCUGGUCGGCGCGUGCAGCUGACACGUGCAGCAUUGGCUUCGGAGUUGACAGUUGGCGGGAGAACAGACAAAACGCCGCCGUGUGCGCCACUUUUGUCGGUCAUCAAAGUGAGCAAAGGUGUUUAUACUCCACUUAUGACGUAGCACGUGUGUGUCACGUGGCGUGUACAGGGGUCACCUCUGUGUGGUUGGAUAAGAGUUUAGCAUUACGCUACAAACACUGUCAUGGCAAUGUGAUUUGUGUGUGUGUGCGUGUGUUCACGACCAAUCUAUGAAGGGGUUCCACAGGGGGGCGUGGCCUGUGGUACAGCGGCUUCCGGAAACCAUCUGCUGCGUUUAGAGCCUGAAGGCAGCAGUGGGCCGAGAAGGCGUGGCCGUCGUAUGCAAACGAUCCACGCCCCCUAGCGCCUUCCCCCGUGAUCACUGACGUCACAGCAGCGGCCCGUGUUGGUUCCAGCUGACUGGCAGAGAGAGAGAGGGAAAUAAGAGCUAGCAUCAUCAUCAUCAUCAUCACCUCUGCUGGAUCUUUUCUUUUCUGGAAGCUUCUUUUAUUGCUUUAUCUUCUUUUCCACACACGAUUCAUCCCGCUUACUUUUUGUCCUGUCUCCUCCCCUCCUGGAAGCAACGGCACGUCGUGGUGGAUUGUCUUCAUGCCGCUUUCUGCCCGAUUUUAGGCGUCCGUUUCCCGCCAAGGGACGUUCAUGUCCAGCGAGUGCACGUGUGGAGGACUCGGCUGCACGGGGGGGCUGUGACAGGGAGCUCUCGGGGUUCGGGGGGUGGGGGUGGGAGCCGGUGUCAUCAUGGUGCCAUUUUGGAGAUAAACCUUCUUCCUCGUCAACUUCAUGUGACGCGCACUCACCUGCCGCGCGCACGCGCAAAUAUUUGACGUCGCUAAUUGGAUUAUUUGGAUCUUGAACGGGUCGCUGCUCCACCACCCCACCCCCCUCCCUCACCUCAUAUCCCCCCGCCCCCUUCU